CUCGAACUCCCUUCCAUGGCCACCGCCACCGCCGUCUCCCGCCUCGCCGUCCUCGCGCCGGGGACGUCGCCGCUCGCCUCAGGUCGCCGCCGACCUGCCGUCCCCUUCCCCGCCGCCUCCCGCCCGCGCGUUCUCUCCGCCGCCUCCCGCGGCCGCGUCCUCUGCCUCGCCGCCUCUGCGCCCGCCUCCUCCACCGACGCCGGCCAGGACCGCCUCCAGAAGGUUCCCAUCACCAACAUCAGGAACUUCUGCAUCAUCGCCCACAUCGACCAUGGGAAGUCGACGCUGGCGGAUAAGCUCCUCGAGAUGACGGGGACAGUGCAGAAGAGGGAUAUGAAACAGCAGUUCCUGGACAACAUGGACCUGGAGAGGGAGAGGGGGAUCACCAUCAAACUGCAGGCAGCUCGGAUGCGUUAUGUCAUGAACAAUGAACCCUACUGCCUCAAUUUAAUCGAUACACCAGGGCAUGUCGAUUUCUCAUAUGAGGUUUCCCGUUCUCUUGCUGCGUGUGAGGGUGCACUGCUGGUUGUUGAUGCUUCUCAGGGUGUUGAAGCCCAGACGUUAGCGAAUGUGUAUCUUGCACUUGAAAGCAACCUUGAAAUCAUACCGGUUCUAAACAAAAUUGAUCUUCCUGGUGCUGAACCUGACCGUAUCGCGCAAGAGAUUGAAGAGAUAAUUGGGUUGGACUGCAGUAAUGCAAUUAGGUGUUCAGCAAAGGAGGGUAUCGGCAUCACUGAGAUACUAGAUGCCAUCGUGACCAAGGUCCCCCCGCCACAGGAUACUUUAAAAAAUCCUCUCAGGGCUCUUAUAUUUGACAGCUAUUAUGAUGCAUACAGAGGUGUAAUUGUGUAUUUUCGAGUUAUUGAUGGAAGUAUAAAGAAAGGAGACAAGAUAUGUUUUAUGGCCAAUAAAAAGGAAUAUGUUGCUGAUGAAAUUGGUGUACUAUCCCCCAAUCAGAUGGAAGCUGAUGAACUGCACGCUGGUGAGGUCGGCUAUCUCUCUGCUUCCGUAAGAUCAGUGGCAGAUGCUAGGGUCGGUGAUACAAUUACUCAUUUUGCAAAAAGAGCAGAAUCUGCUUUACCAGGAUAUUCAGAAGCUACUCCAAUGGUUUUCUGCGGCUUGUUUCCUUUAGAGGCCGAUCAGUUUGAGGAGUUGCGGGAAGCAUUGGGAAAACUUCAGCUAAAUGAUGCUGCCCUAAAGUUUGAACCGGAAUCUUCCAGUGCCAUGGGGUUCGGCUUUAGGUGUGGGUUCCUUGGUCUUCUUCAUAUGGAAAUUGUUCAGGAAAGGCUAGAGAGAGAAUACAAUUUGAACUUGAUAAUUACUGCACCUAGUGUGGUUUACCGUGUCAACUGUGCCAAUAAUGAAACUGUUGAAUGUUCAAAUCCAUCCUUGCUUCCAGAAGCUGGUAAACGCAGGUCCAUUGAAGAACCGUAUGUAAAGAUUGAGUUGCUGACACCAAAGGACUAUAUUGGCCCAAUAAUGGAGCUGGGUCAAGAGAGAAGAGGUGAAUUCAAGGAAAUGAACUAUAUUACAGAAAACAGGGCCAAACUUAUUUAUAUGCUACCACUAGCAGAGAUGGUUGGUGAUUUCUUUGAUCAACUGAAAUCUCGAAGCAAAGGAUAUGCUAGCAUGGAAUAUGCAGUUGUCGGGUACAGGGAAAGUGACCUAGUAAAGCUGGACAUACAAAUCAAUGGUGAGCCUGUGGAAGCAUUGUCGACAAUUGUACACAGAGAAAAGGCAUACACUGUUGGGAGAGCGCUCACCCAAAAGCUCAAAGAACUUAUACCUCGGCAAAUGUUUAAAAUACCUAUUCAAGCAUGUAUUGGUGCAAAGGUCAUUGCAAGCGAAGCCCUAUCAGCCAUCAGGAAGGAUGUCUUAUCCAAAUGCUACGGCGGUGAUAUAUCAAGGAAAAAGAAGUUGUUAAAAAAGCAGGCUGAAGGAAAGAAGAGAAUGAAAGCAAUCGGAAGAGUCGAAGUUCCUCAAGAGGCAUUCAUGGCAGUGCUGAAACUGGAGAAGGAGGUGUUGUGAAUUAUGAAGGAUCUCCAGUUUCUGUAUAGUUAUUGGAUUGGGCUGGAAGCUUUAAGAGGAUGAGACAAAAAAAAAAGAAAUAGACAACGGGUCGUUAUUUUCAACUCGCCAAGCGCCAGAACAAAGGAACCGCACUGACGUGUAUAAAGCCAUUCAGGAACUGAGCUGCUAAUCAGAAUCUUACAUCUAUUUGUUGGCAUGCCAGAUUAUGAAGCUAGAAGAUGCGUGCAACUCGAGUGGUCAGCCGGUCCUGUACAGAUUUUUUGUCUGGGUAAAAGAAAGAUGCCAUACCUGUAAUAUCCUGUACAGAAAGGUUGGACUCCACAAAAGUUGUAUUGUUCGAAAACUUUUGACUUCGCAAUUUUAUUAGACCAAAUGCUCUGAGGCAUUUGAAAACAA